AUGGCAGGAGCAGGGGCAGUAGGCCCCUCUAUGCUGCCCUCUGCCGCCCAAUCCUCCUUCCCCCAACCAUCCUCCUCUGCCCCACCAACCACCACCGCCUCUCUCCCUGCAAAUGCCCUCUCGUCCGCCACAGCUGCUGCUACAGCCGCCGGAGCCGGUGCUUUUGCUGGUGCAUCGCUCUCAGCACCAGGGGUCAUCGGAAGAAAGCAGGGGGGUGCGGGGAUGGGCGACGCAGGGCCGAUCAGCGACCCCAUGUCUCUAGCCGCUGCUGCUGGUUCUGGCAACGCAACUGGAGCAGGAGGAGCAGCAGCAGGAGCGGGAUCAGUGGGAGCAGUGGGGGCAGUGGGAGCGGGAGGGGGGGGGCAAGGAGGAGGAGGAGGAGGAGGAGGAGGAGGAGGAGGAGGAGGAGGAGGAGCAGUAGCAGCAGGGGCACCGGUGGAUCAUGCACUGAAUCUGGCUCUGCUGGAUUCGUCCUUUGGAAACUUGCCACAGCCCAAGGACUCGGAACGACCCAGGGCCUACAUUCCGCGGAACCCUGCCAUCACGCCUGCCAGCUACCCGCAGGCGCCAGCAGCAGUGUUGGAGCACCCAGGGCUGUGGGAGCGGCUGGACAUGGACGUGCUCUUCUUCGCCUUCUACCACCAGCAGGGCACGUACCAGCAAUACUUGGCCGCGCGGGAGCUGAAGAAGCAGUCAUGGCGCUACCACAAGAAGUACAACACGUGGUUCCAGCGGCACGAGGAGCCCAAGCUCACCACUGACGACUAUGAGCAGGGCACCUACGUGUACUUUGACUUCCACAUCGUGCAUGACGACUAUCAGACCGGAUGGUGUCAACGGAUCAAGACGGAGUUUACAUUUGAGUACAGCUACUUGGAGGAUGAGCUGCCUGCUGCUUAA